UUUUCUUUUCUGAAAUUCAUUGAAACUGAAUUCUAUCCAUCUAUUUUUUUUUAGUUUUCUUUUUUAUUCUUUGGUGGAAUCCUUUUUUGGUUUCAAACCAGCUUGGUAAAAGCCCAAGUAGUGUUGUCAGACCUUUACACUUCUUCCAUAUUGCGAGUACUUUUAUUCUUAUUUUUUUCUUUUGCUAUGGAGCAAGUAAAAGUUUCGCGAAAAGAUUUGCAAGUGCAAGAAAAAGAGCCUGAAGUAGAACAGGUAUCCGUGGAUGCUGAAAAGUUGCUGUCGCAAAGGCUUUCAAGCGCUUUUGAUUUUGUUACUGAACAACUGGUCACAGAGAAUAGCCCACCUGCUGUUCCUGAAACCGCUGAGAGCAAUGAUUUCUCUGAGGAAAAGUCCGAAAAUGAGGACGAAAACGUUGCUUUCAAUCUGUUUUCCGAUAUUAAUACCAUUUCUUUAAACGACCAAGAAGUCAUUGUCAACCAGGGUAGACCAGUCGAAUAUUAUGUAUUGCAAGACACGCCCGAACGACAAGCUCAUCUACGUGCCAGUGUUUUUACAUUUGAACAACUCAUGAAGGCUAAAGACGAACCAUGGCCUGCAUGUCAAAAGUCUCAAAAGGUAAUUAAUAUUAAAGUCGAUGAUGGUAAAAAGAAAUCACGGUGGAGACCGAGCAAGAAAAGGAGAACACGGAUGAAAAUUUUAAAAGAAAAAGAACAAAAGGAGAAAUUAAAAGCGUUUCAGAAAAAAAGGUCUCCGGCGAAAAAAUUCAGUUCUCGGUCAAAUCCGAAACGUAAGUAUUAAAUUAUUAACUAUGGAUGAUUGAGUCUUUAGUUUAAUAGAAAUCAGAUAUAAUCCAAUAUUGUCACAAAUUAAGAGCAUAACCCAACAGUAAUGAUUCAUUCAAUUAUUCGUUCCUCCAUAGUGUGGAGGCUUUUUGCUUAAAAGGCUUCUUAAAUAAGGGGUUAUGACAGGAAGCGAUUUUGAUGCUUCUUCAUUGUUUUCAUUUUGUUCUUGUCUUUUGCGGUCUAUCAAAGAUACCGUUUGUUUGAAUUGGUAAAAACAAUGUACAGCACAAAUAAGUGUCGGCUCUAAAGCAAUACGUCCUGAAAGCUCAUUGAAAUAUUUCAGUACUUCAUCAAAUGCGUGCGUUUGGUUUAACAAAACUUCGCGAUGCCGUUCAGCAAUGGCAUAAGCAAUAAAUAUAUGGUAAUCAUAAGAAAGAUAAUUCGUGAAAAGAACGUCCCAAAGUUUCAAAAGUAUUUCCCAGUCAAAUUCGCGUUUGUAAUAUAUU